AUGCAUGGGCGAAUGAUCCAUGUCCGCGCCUCCGGCGGCGCUUUACUUCAACAAUCUCAAGCAUAUGAUGUUCAUGGUCGAUUUCAACGCUCGGUGGAUCGUGGUGAGCUCAACAAGGUCCUUCUCGACCACCUGGACUCGCUUCCAAAUGUCAAGCUCUUCUUCCAGCACAAAUUGACAGGUGCAGAUUUCCGAAAGAAGAAAGCUUGGUUCGAAGUGACGGACAAGAAGGGGACCACAUUGUCAACCCGUGCCCAGGAGAUCGAGGUGUCUUUUGACAUAUGCAUCGGGGCUGAUGGUGCUCAUUCAGCCACUCGACAUCAUAUGAUGAAGUUUGCCCGCAUGGACUAUCAUCAAACAUAUAUUGACUGCUUGUGGUGUGAGUUCACUAUGCCCCCUACCAAGGAGGGAGGCUUCGCCAUGCCUCCCACUUACCUGCAUAUUUGGCCUGCGGGCCGGUUCAUGUUCAUCGCCCUUCCCAACCUCGACCAUACCUUUGUGUGCACGCUGUUUGGUCCUGUUGAACUGUUCACCAAGCUCGAGAAUGGAACGGAUGCGGAGCUCAUCUCGACCUUUGACCAGUAUUUCCCGGGACUGACGACAUAUAUCCCGCCGGAAGACCUGGUGGCCCAGUUUAAGCGCAAUCCACACCUCCCGUUGAUCAACAUCAAAUGCUCACCGCAUCAUUUCGCGGACAGUGUCGUCGUCCUUGGUGAUGCUGCCAAUGCGAUGGUCCCGUUCUAUGGUCAGGGAAUGAAUGCAGGAUUGGAAUCAGUUCGCGUCUUGUUCUCCAAGCUUGACGAGACUCCCGACAGAGCGGAAGCCCUCAUGAAUUAUAGUGCUGAGCGGACCGAGGAUGCGCAUGUCAUUGCAGACCUGGCGUUGGCAAACUACAUCGAGAUGCGAUCUUCCGUCACCUCUCCCGUGUACAAGCUGCGCAAGUACAUCGAGGAGCGACUGGACAAGUACCUCCCAAGUUUGGGUUGGGCAACCCAGUACUCACGGGUCAGCUUCAGCAACAUGAGGUACAGCGACGUUAUCAAGAAAUCACAAAGGCAGAGCCGAAUACUCACCACUCUUCUGCUUGCUGCGACAGGAACGGGCAUGGUCAGCUCGGUGAUAGGAGUUUGGUUCUUGUUGAUGAGGUUACGGCAGAAAAAUGUGGUUGGGUUUCCAUGGUCUGGAAGAUGA